GCGGCGGCGGCGGCGAGCCCCAAAACCGGGAAUAAACCGGGAUAAACCGGGAUAAACCCCCCCCUCCAAAAAAACAAACCGGGAUAAAACCCCGCGAUAAACCCGCGAUCAAACCCUGCGGCCACCGGCGUAAAGCAGCGCGAUAAAACCCCUAAAAAGCGACAUAAAAGUGGGAGAAAAAGCCGCAAAACCCGGGAUAGCAGCGGGAUAAAAAAGCCCUGAGAGCGGAUCGGCGAGAGCCAUGAGCGGCCGGAGCUGAGAGCGCUGCCCCGUUGUCCAGCGGCUUUCCCAGCCAUGUCCUUCGCCAUGCUGCGCUCGGCGCCGGGGCGCUUCCUGUACCCCGAGAUCAGCGCGCUGUCCGAGGACGAGGAGAACAGCGAGAGCUCGGGCUCCGAGGAGAAGCCCUUCCACGCCGAGGCCGACGCGUUCGGCAUGCGGGGCGGCAAGCGGCGGCCCGGCAAGAGCCGCGGGCGGCUGGCGCGGGAGCCGCGGCAGCGGCACACGGCGAACGCCCGCGAGCGGGACCGCACCAACUCGGUGAACACGGCGUUCACGGCGCUGCGCACGCUGAUCCCCACCGAGCCGGCCGACAGGAAGCUCUCCAAGAUCGAGACGCUGCGCCUCGCCUCCAGCUACAUCUCGCACCUGGGCAACGUGCUGCUGCUGGGCGACGCGGGCGGCGGAGGGCAGCCGUGCCACGGAGCGGCGGCGGCGGCGGCGGCGGCGGCGGCGGCGGGGCCGGGAGCGGCGGCGGCAGCGGCGGCAGCGGCGGCGGCGGCGGCGGCGGCCGCGUUCUGUGGCGGAGGGAGCGCGUCCCCGCCCGGGCGGGAGAGCGAGAGCGGGCAGCCGCGGCAGAUCUGCACCUUCUGCCUCAGCAACCAGCGCAAAAUGAGCAAAGACCGGGACAGGAAGACGGGACAGCUCCGGAGCUAGGCCGGGAAUUCCAGCGGAAAUUCCAGCCGGGAAUUCCAGCCGGGAAUCCCAGUGGGAAUCCCAACCGGAGCAGGGGAAGCCACGCUGGAGGAUUCCCGGAUCCAGGGACGUUUUCCUGCUGGAUCCCGCGGGAAGAGCGGCACCGACAUUCCACAGGAUCCCACGGGACACAGAGGAUGUGCCGGAAUUCCGGGAGAUCCCGGGAAUGCAGAGCCGCUCCGGGAAUCCUCGGGAAUUUCUGCCCUGGGAUUCC